AUUUGACUCGUCACAACGUGGGCGAGCUCGCACUCCAGCUUGGCGUUCAGUGUGGUUCAGACGCUCCGACCCUCGCCCCUCACCAACCAUCUUUCGUCUCAUUUGGUUAUACGUGCAAAGCACCGACACUUAAGCAGCCAUGGAUGCCAUCAAGAAGAAGAUGCAGAUGCUCAAGCUCGACAAGGAGAACGCCUUGGACAGAGCUGAGCAGGCCGAGUCGGACAAGAAAGCGGCAGAGGACAGGAGCAAACAGCUUGAGGAUGACCUGGUGGCACUUCAGAAGAAGCUCAAGGCGACAGAGGACGAAUUGGACAAAUACUCUGAAGCCUUGAAGGAUGCCCAGGAAAAACUGGAGUUGGCUGAGAAAAAAGCCACAGACGCUGAGGGCGAUGUCGCCUCCCUGAACAGGCGCAUCCAACUGGUUGAGGAGGAGUUGGAUCGUGCACAGGAGCGUCUGGCUACGGCUCUGACCAAGCUGGAGGAGGCUGAGAAGGCUGCUGAUGAGAGCGAGAGAGGCAUGAAAGUUAUUGAGAACAGGGCGAUGAAGGAUGAGGAGAAAAUGGAGCUGCAGGAGAUCCAGCUGAAGGAGGCCAAGCACAUCGCUGAGGAGGCUGACCGCAAAUACGAGGAGGUGGCCCGUAAGCUUGUGAUCAUCGAGAGUGAUUUGGAACGUACAGAGGAGCGCGCUGAACUCUCUGAGAGCAAAUGCUCUGAGCUUGAGGAGGAGCUGAAGACCGUACAGAACAACCUGAAGUCUUUGGAGGCUCAGGCAGAGAAGUACUCGCAAAAGGAGGACAAGUAUGAGGAGGAGAUCAAGGUUCUCACAGACAAGCUGAAGGAGGCCGAGACCCGUGCUGAGUUUGCUGAGAGGUCAGUCGCCAAGCUUGAGAAGACCAUCGAUGACCUAGAAGACCACCUUUACAAGCAGGUUGAGAAAAACCGUCUUCUCACCAACGAGCUACGUGUAGCCUUAAACGAGGCCUGAGGCCGUCCUCUUUACCUUCUUCACAAAUGUCCAAAUAUUUUGAUGCAAUGUGCAUAUUCAACCAGCUCUGGUGCACAGAUCCAAUCAAUGGGUGCUUUCAAACGGCAGGAGAAAAAAACUAAACCUGUUUUGGAGUCGUAUUGUUAUGCAUGCUUCAUGUUGACUUCUUGGCGGAAGGUCAGACAGACUGGAAAAUUAUCAAUGCGUCUGAUAUUUGUUUUUCUCAGUUACUGUCAGGGCUGUGGCACAUUCAUUCAUUAGGAUCUGUACUACUACUUGGCAGAAAGCAGCUGAUAAUCUUGUGGUUGCAAAACAAUGAACCCCACUGUUGUUUGUUUGAAUUGAAGAGUUUCUUUUGUGUGCUUCAUGUUUUCUUGGAGGAAGGGCCUAUGCUAAGUAAGUAAAAUGCCGUAACAGAAAUUCAAUACGAACGAUUUAAGUGCGCUUGCUCUUUGAACCCACGGACAACUCAGAACAUACUCAGAACAUUGAAGUUGUUGUUGUUCCACUCCAAAACCAGCAGGGGUCAGUGCAAUGCGUUUCAAACUCUUGCCCCCUUGUCAACAAAU